AUGAUUUUUCUAAUGGACCUCCAGAUGAUGCUGCUGGAUGUGAUUUACUUCAUCCUGCGCAACUCUGUGCGGGCCGUCCUGCGCCCGCGCACCAAACCCAUUGAUGGCGAGCUGGUGCUGAUCACCGGGGCAGGUGGCGGCCUGGGGCGUCUCUUUGCUCAGGAAUUCACCAAGCACGGGGCAGAGGUGGUGCUGUGGGACAUCAAUAGCAGCUCCAACGAGCAGACAGCCAAGCUGGUGCAUGAGAUGGGGGGUACGGCGCACACGUACACGGUGGAUGUGACCAACAGGGAGGAUGUGUAUCGCAACGCAGAGCUCGUGCGGAAGGACCUGGGCCGGGACGUUACAAUGCUGGUGAACAACGCUGGAGUGGUGGCUGGGGAGCGCAUGCUGGACUGUCCUGAUGAACUGAUGGAGAGGACCAUGAAAGUCAACUGCCACGCCCUCUUCUGGACAACGAAGGCCUUCCUCCCUCAGAUGAAGGCCCAGAAUCACGGACACAUCAUCACCAUUGCCAGCGUCCUCGGCCUCUUCAGCACAGCUUGUGUGGAGGAUUACUGUGCCAGUAAGUUUGCUGCAGUUGGCUUCCAUGAGUCUAUGGCCCAUGAGCUGCUGGCCGAGGAGAUCGAUGGAGUGAAGACGACUCUCGUAUGCCCCUAUAUCGUGGACACAGGCAUGUUUGAAGGCUGCAAGAUACGGGAGGAAGUGGAACUGCUCCUACCCCCUCUGGAGCCCCAGUACUGUGUCGAGCAGGCCAUGAACGCCAUCCUGAUAGACCAACCAUUAGUGUGCAUCCCUCGCCUCACAUACCUGCCUGUCAUCUCCAGAGCGUUGUUGCCAUGGGAAUCAAACGUGGUCACGUAUCGUUUCAUGGGAUCCGACAAGUGCAUGUACCCCUUUAUUGAUUGCAAAAAGAAAGUUUCUAAUGCUGCCAUUGCAGUUGCAUAA